GUCGAACGCUCAGCAGCUUCUGUUAUCUGUAACGGCUCAAGAUUGGAGCCUAGUUAGUAUUUUAUUGAUAGGCCUACUUGGUAGACACCAUGUAUGUUGGCUGAUAGUAAACUUUAUAUGGUAUAGGAAGCUAUAGAUGUAUGCUUUCCUGUCCUCAGCUUUACAGCAGAAGGGACCAGGUGUGUACGAAGCCAUGGGCAACAACGUAAGUAAAUUUCAUAUUCAUCGAUUUCAUUCUUGAGAGUGUUCAGUCAUGUCGAGAGAUGACUGAUAAGCGAGGUGCACUUGGGAUUUAGGUCAGGGGGCGGGCUGCCUAACAUUGAGACAAUGGCCUACUCUGGCCUAAUAACAAUAAUAUAUUAUAAGCAUUGUCACAUACAUUUAGUUCGUAACUGUGGGCUGUUACUUACAUUUAGUUCGUAAAUAUGGGCUGUCAAAAACAUUUAGUUCGUAAAUAUGGGCUGUCAAAUACAUUUAGUUUGUAAAUAUGGGCUGUCAAAUACAUUUAGUUCGUAACUCUGGGCUACCACAUACAAUUAGUUUGUAAAUAUGGGCUGUCAAAUACAUUUAGUUUGUAAAUAUGGGCUGUCAAAUACAUUUAGUUUGUAAAUAUGGGCUGUCAAAUACAUUUAGUUUGUAAAUAUGGGCUGUCAAAUACAUUUAGUUCUAGCUCUUGGUACAGGCAUCUUGGAAUCGGAACAAGGACACCAAAGACCCGCUUCCAUUCUGCCUUUGUCCAAUGCACUACGCCGUUUUGAUUAUUUUUAUUGGGCUGGGGGGGGGGCGGUAGCACUGAGGCUCUUAAAGGGAAGGAAGGAUAUCUAUUGUGUAACCACAUACAUUAACAUGGUUAGAUAUAUUCAUGUGAAAUUUGACACAAUUUUUUUUUAGUUUUGAUUAUUGUGAUUGGGCUGGGGGGGGGGCGGUAGCACUGAGGCUCUUAAAGGGAAGGAAGGAUAUCUAUUGUGUAACCACAUACCUUAACAUGGUUAGAUAUAUUCAUGUGAAAUUUGACACAAUUUUUUUUUUGCGGGGAGGGUGGGUGUGGGGUGGGGGAGUGGUUUUGUGUGAAUUCUAAAGAAGACAUUUUUACAAGGCACAUUGAAUUAUGGCCAAAAGAAUAUUAUUUCGAGGACAUUAUUUAAAAGAAGGAAGUUAAAUAAUAAUUUGUAUACGUUUUAAGAGGGAUCUCCUUAAUAUCACAGGGAGCCAUUUAAAGGAAUGAGCCAUCAUAGGAGUUUAGCACAGUUCUGUUAUUUAUUUAUUAAACUUGUGAAUGUAAAAUUUACAACGUUAACAAAGGCUGUAGCUGAAUCAGAGAAUAUCUGUUUGGCCCUUUCUUUGCUGAAUAGGUAAGGCAGACUGGGAACCAAUACGCAUAAGAAGGAUCAGAGUCCGUUUAUGCAGUUAGGGUCCCCUUUUAUAUCCUUGACAGUAGGAAAUACCAGACAGCCCACCCCACCACCCAACCUCAGUGUGUUUUGGAGGAAAGCUGGGAGGGUGAAAAGGUUGAAAGGAUAUCAAGUUUCCUGCUUUACGGUGAAGAGCUUUCAAUGCCAUAGUGUCACAGUCUUGUUGUAUAUUGGCUCUCAUAUUAGACUUUUGAAAGGAAACAUUAUCAGAUUGAAUAACAACAACAGACUGGUUGUUUAUAAUUUUUCAAGUACAUAUUCUUAAAAUAUUGAGUAAUAAUCUUAAAUCCAUAAAAACAAUAAAUCAAGUAAUAUAGCAAGAGUUUGGCUUUGAAAUGAUGGGAGUUAUGCCCCCUGAGUUGACUAGGACUCUCAGAGACAGGAAGAUCUUAUUUAUCUUGUUAAGAACAGUACAGAUUUAAUUACUCUCCAACCCAACAUGUAUAGUAUGUUUGCCAGAAAUGUACCCAGCUGCUACAAUGAGCGAGUCUUGUUAUCUAGUGAAAUGUCUUCGUUGAUCUGUGAAAGGAUUUACACAAUUCUCGAUUACUGAGUUGACAUCUGUCAUCAUCUGACUAAUCAGCAUUGUAAUCAUAAACACAGAUUGUUUUAUCCUACAACAAAUUUAUGGUAACAAAGCAUCCGGGUAUUUCUUCCUCUUUUUACUUUUAUAUUUUGUGGGCACACGAUCAAUGUAUGGAUCAUUCUUAAAUGUAUGCAUAUUGCAGCAUAUGGACGUUUUAGUUACAUUAGGAUUAUCAGGGAAAUCAGGGACACUGCUAGCACUCACCUGUCUCCUCUAGAUUUUUUAGUAUCUAUUAUUGAUGAGCUAUUAGUAUGUGUGUUUGCAUCCUCAGAUCAUCCUUCCCUACACCGGCCUAAUACCAGGUGGUAUUCAGGUGGGAACAGACGUUGUAAUCUCUGGGAGGACACACCCUAAUUUUGACAGGUGGGAAGACAUUAUUUAUCUCAGCAAUAACAAACAAAAAAUAUUUUAGUGUGGUGAAAAUAUCAACGUACUUUGGUUGGUAAGUGAAUGAGGAGGGGUGGUUGUUAAGUAAGUGGGGGGGGGGGUGUCUGUUAAGUGGAUGGGGAGGGUUGUUGUUAAGUGAAUGGAGAGAGGUGGUUGUUAAGUGAAUGGGGAGUGGUUGUUGUUAAGUGAAUGGUAACGGGUAGUUGUCACUGUAUUGCUAGUAUUUAAAUUACACUGUUAUCAAUAUAGAGUAGUGGGCAACAAAAAAAACUGCAUCAUGUUGCAUUGUGAGGGGUAUGUCCAUGUGCUGGAAACAAACUGGUAUCAAAAUGGUCUAUGGAAGAGAGUGGCUUUAUGAUUUCUAAAAAUAGAUCUGUCUGCCACUUUUUCAAAAUCUGACCUUGCUGUUGGCGCUGCAUUGUAAAAAAAACAAAAAGCAACCCUUGUUGCCCAUGUUUAAGCCGGGGUUUUAAUAGGGCAAGCUCACAGCCCCACCAGAAAAUGUGUCUUAGUUAGUGGGCCAGCCCUGGUUUUACAAACUGUACCCAACAAUAUCAUACAAUCAUCUUCACUGAAACUAACUAACAAAAGGGUUUCUAGGGUUUUUAGACUAUUUUUUUUUACCCUUGCAAUGGUUCAUUCGUAUUUGCAAUUAAUUUUGAAUUAGAAUGUCAUGCUAGGUUACCAAUCACAUCAUUAUAACUUAUUUUGCCAUGGAACUCCCCAGGUUCAGCAUCAACCUUUGCUCAGGACCCAAUCUUGACCAUGACUGCGCACUCCAUUUCAACCCGAGAUUUAAUAACGGCAAGGUGGUCCGGAAUCAUAAACAGUUUGGCAACUGGGGAACAGAAGAAACAUCUGGUGGGAUGCCUUUCCGCAGAGGUCAUACAUUUGAAGUGCACUUGAAAGUGGAGCACCAUGGUUACAAGGUAUAUGAUUAAAAUAAGACAAUUAUUAGAAAAUAUGAUAUAAAACUUAAAUUUGUUGAUGAAAUAAUUAAUUAUAUUUUAAUUUAACACAUUUUAGUGACCAUCUUUACGGACAACUUGGUCAUCUUGGACGUUGAUUUAUUAUAUGUUUAUGAUAGAAAAAGGAAUUAAUUUGUUGUUUUAUUUUUAUUUCAUGAUAGUUAAACUUUCUAAGGAUCACUUAUUUUACAGCUUUCUUUGUGUGCAUUUUGAUGUCGAUUUCGUGUAUCAUUCUGGCUCUUUCCACCUCUACUAAUCAUAAAAAAACUGCCGGAUACACAGCAAGAACUUAUUUCCAUAUUCAAAUGAAGGCUGAUUUAAAUAAAGAUUUGAUUUCUAUUUCUAAAGACAUAGACCCAUACAUAGCAAAAUUAUUCUAAAUUCCACAGUUAAAUUCAUUGGCCUUCUUGGCAAUAUAUCAAAUAUAUCAUUUGCAGUGCACAGGUUAACUAAAACUCAAGCAUCAUCAAAUCUACUGCCAAUUACACCUGACAUAUGAAGAAAAUGUUAAAAACAUUAUAUUCCAUCACAUAUUUCAUUAACAAUGAACUGGGUAAUGAUUUAAUGAUCAGAGAAGUCUUAAGAAAAAAAUUAAGCUGAAUACAGAGUUUGCAAAUGACCGAUGCUGCAUCAGAAUGCAUACCAUUGCAUAUCCUAAACAAUGUUGCAGAAUUGAGACCUACACAGCUAAAAUGGCUAAACACAGGUUGACAUCCAAGAGAAAGAGUAAACCUGGGAAGUUCUUGGAAUACUUGGAGAGAAAAAAAUGUAUAUAUCUUUAAAAACGAAAGUUAACAUUUAAUAUUCCGAUAAAGAAGAGGCAGCCAAGGAGACAAUUAUGGAAAUAUUUUGUUUCAUUAUGCUCUAAAAUGUGUGAGAGGAACUAACACCGAGAAAUUAAAAACAUUAUAUUCCUCAGGUGACUGUCAAUCAUCAUCAUUUUUGUGAUUUCCAUCACCGCCUCCCCAAAGAAACGGUUCAAUAUAUUUUCAUAGAUGGAGAUGUGACAAUCACCUUCAUACAAUUCCGAGGUGGACAUUCUUCUGUAAGUUUAACAAUUAACUAAAUUUAUAUGACAUCUUAUACUAAACAAGCAUUUCUGUUGUUUGUCUCCUGUAUUAAUGUUAAUUUUUUUUUUUUUUAAAUCGGUUAAGCUUGACUAGUAAUCUCUUGAUUUAAUGAAAAUCCUCAUGUUAAGGAUGUAUCAUGCCUAACUUUUGGAUUUGUUAGACCUAACUAUUGGAUUGUUUAUGAUGCUGACUGCUAGGCUAAAAUUUAAAAGGACAAAUUAUCAUAAAUCGGUCUCACCUUAAAUUGUUUCACCAAAUUAUAAUUUAUUGUUUAACUAAUUAGGCUUAAGAAACGCUGCUCCUGCUCAUUUACUUGUAAGUGGUAGGCAUACUUACUGAUAUUUUGUUCAAGUUAGUAUGUAACAGAUAAUAUGACAUCAAGAGGUUUUAAAAAAGAGAAAACAAAGAAAAUAAUGGUCACACUUAGACUGGUAGCAUGAAUAUUACAUCUCCCUGAGUCUCUGAAUUUCCAUGAACCCCCUCCCCUGAUUCCAACUUACAGAAAAAAAGUAUUUUAAAAAAGUUAAACAAAUAUAGAUUUAUUCAACUUAUUGAACUUUCAUUUCUACUUUCUAAACAAAAAUUAAAAUUUAAAAAAAAAAUGUAAUGCUCUGGUCAAGGGAGGUAAAAAGUUUUUAAAAUGACUAUAUUUGUGCAUUAUACUUUGUAUAGUUAUGUCCCAUUCGGAAAAAAAGUUGUGUAACAUAAUUAUUUGAUUAAUGAUUAUAACUUGCUUUUUACCAGUUUAUAAGUCUUUGAUUAUUUUUGUAAAAAAAACAAUUAAUUCCACAGUUUCCAUCUGUCCCAAGUUAUCAGCCUCCAGCUCCAGCAGUAAGUUCAGAUUACAUAUAUACUUUUAUAAUGUUAUUGUUUUGAGUAACAACAUAUUCUUGAUAUACCAUGCUAUAUACAUUUUAUUUUAAUUUUAUUAUAAACUUCAAAACUUUAAAAAAAAAGUAUGUCGUAGAGUGUCAAUUAUCUGACUUCAGAUUAUACUAACUGCCAGUUAUCCGAACUUUCCUUAUCUUUUUUUAUUUAUUAUUAUAGUUUAUCAUGAAGCUUUGGCUAUACACUGAAUGACAAUAGCAACUCUUGUCACACAAUCUGGGUUAAAUCUAGAUACUGACUAUGGGCUACGCUCAAAUUUUUUUAAAACAGAAUAGCUUGCCCCUGGUUGCCGCCUACUUUUACCUAUUUCGGUUGGUUCCAAAAUCAUAUUUGUUGUUUCUAAACACUUUUCCAGUAAGCUAAGUAGCGUUAAUUAAAACAGACCCAAUAAUACAGUUUUUAAAAUAGAAUUUAUGCUUUCACUCUGAAUAAUUUCUUUCCUCUCAAUUCAUGGUAACGUCAUCUGAUUCGUGUUAACUUAGCCAAACCAUGAAAACCACAAAUGAUAUGAAAGCGGAAAUGAUAUUGACCAACCCAUUUUACUCUUUUCCCUCAGAAAAUAAAUAUCAUUUUCCUUCAUGAACCUGUGGGAACUGCGAUCUUCAGACUUAAAAAAUAUAUAUAGAACGAUUUAGGUCUGUUUAGAAAAAUUAAUUAGUCAUCUUAUUUGGAAACAAACCCUUUUGAUGAAAAAUAAAUCCAGUCCUGGUCUGACAUCAAUCAGCUGACCUCUCCAUACUGUGUGGUAUGGUUAAUACACAGUGUGUAGCUUAGAGUAACAGGAUAUAGUAUUCUAUAUGUUAACUUCUGUUUUCCAACCUUUCUGUGGGAGAGUUGAGUUCUUUCAAAAAUAGGUUAUGCAAACCAACACUGGUCCUAAUAAGAUAAGAAAGUUGAUGCUCUACUGUAUUUCAAUUUGGAAUUGGAAAUAAGUGUACAUUAAACAAAUGAUUGUUAAAUGAGACUACAUUGUAAUUAACUUGAAAAAUAUGCCAUUCGUUGAAAGGCAAAAAGGUUAACAGGUGGGUCCUUAUGAUACAAUUAUUGCCUAACGAGCUGAGAGAACUUACCCCUCGCAGUCCAUCAUUUGCUCUACACAAAAUCUAUUCAUCAUCGCAUCUAUGGAAUUAAAAAGUUCCCAAGAAGGUGAUGAUCACUUCAUCUGCUGACCCACGGAACUGUGAAAGUUUGUGACUAUCACCUAACAAAAGACUGCAUUGAAUAAACAAUUAUAUUGUUUUUCAUGUUUUCAGUACCCCACAGGGCCCAGCUACCCACCAGUGCCUUCAGUGAGUUAGAUAAAUAUAUAGUUUAGUGAAAGCCUACAGGAUUUUAUAAAUCAUAUAAUGAAUCCAAAGAAAAAAUGUUUUAAUUGAUGGAUAAGAAUUACACAAUGAGAUGGUGGGUGUUGAGUGGUUUCAUGUUUUGCUUUUAUUUAUUGUUUAAUAAUUAGAAUUAAAUUUAUAGCACUAUAUAAGCUUCAAAUUUUUUAAUAUCUAUAAUUGUUUAUUUAUUUCUCAGUAUCCAGGUCCAGGUGGACCCAUAUUCAACCCAGUAAGUUUCAAUUUUCAAUCUUAAAAUAAUUAUUUUAAAAAAAUUAUAUAUUUUGUCAUUAAAUGAUUUUUCUACACUAAUGUCAUCUCCUUUCUGUGAUAAAUUAAGGGCUGUUACAAAUGUGGCUCAAGUGUUAAAAUGGUGUAAAUGGACUUAUCAUAUAUGAAUAUUGGGACGAGUGGAAAAAAUGUUGAUUGAAUUGCUAACCAGUAAAAUUUUUCAAUUAAUUUUGUAGUGUGCAAGGGAAAAAAUGAUAUAAAUGCUAUACAUUAUGACAAAUGUUUAAGUUAUUAUAACUACCAACCAGAGAUAAUUUUAAAGAUACAUUCUCAGCUUGGUAAAUGUUAUAUCCAAUUGUUCUCUUCUCUUUAAAUAGCCUGUUCCUUUCACAACACCAAUCUCUGGUGGUCUGUAUCCAGGAAAGAUAAUCUACAUUACAGGGGUGCCAUUUCCUAACCCAACCAGGUAGAGAGACUUACAAACCUUGCCUGUUCAGUUGUUUAUAUUCUGUCUUUUAAUGUCUAUUAAGUUACACUUAAUUAUUUAAACCUUACUUGGAAGUAUAACUUUUCUCUUGGAGUUUGCAAAAUCAAUGGGGCUUUUACUAUCAAAAUGUUUGGUGACAUUUUUAAAACUGUAACACAGUGUUGCAAUUCUUUCCUUAGGCGCCAUCCAUAUAUUAUUAUGUGCGCUCUGAGGGGGGGUUGAGAUUUUGCAUAUGGUGAUGGGGGGUCUUGGCUAAAUGUAUUCAUACAAUUAUGAAUGUACAUGCCCAAUGUGACAAAUUUUGCUUGUUUGUAUAUUUUUAAAUGGGUCGAUGAAUGACAAGAAAACUCAACCAUGGGUAGCAACCAAAUUUGACAUGGUCAUUCCUCCAAAGCUUAAAGUGGCUCCUGGAAAGAUUGGUCAUAAUCCGCUAAUCCCAAAAGAUGUAGUUUAAAAAAUCGUUAACUUUAGAGGGUUAAGAUUUUUAAAAAUAUUAUUUUUAAAUGGCUUCAAGGGAUGUUCACGUUAAGUUAUGUUUGGUUGUACACAUUUGUAAUAAGGCUUUUUAUUCAGAGGGAUGCUUUGUCAAACAUCUAUUAAAGGAAGGUUUUCUGUGCAAUUUUUAUUUUGGUGCAUGCAUUUUAAAUAAAGCUUUAUUUAUUUGCUUUAAAAAAAAUAAUACAUUAGACUGAUCACAUAGUUCAGAGGCAUGCAUAAAGGGUGUUUAUGGGGUAUCUAGGGGUUUACAAGCAAGGGUAUUCUUUUAUUGAUUUUUAUUACCAAUUAUAUAUAGUAGUUGUGUGUGGAAGGGAGAAUCAUAAGUUUAUGACUUUUUUUCAAACUUCACCCCAUUUGGAGUGUUGGUACAAGACACAAUGACAGUGAUAACAAAAGUGGGGGUGAACCAAAGAUGUGUUAGCUAUGCUAGAUAUGGGAGAAAACCCAUGACAUAAUUUUUAACAAGGUAUACGUUGAUUUCAUUUAAUUAUCAAGGAAUCUAUAAAAAAAAUAAAAGAUCUGCUUAUUGGUGGGGGAGAGAGUGAAAAUUCUCAUUUGUAUGCAUGCCUGGGAGGCGGGGUGUGUCUCAAAAUUUACUGGUGAAACAGGCAGGAGGUGAGAGAGAAUUUGACUUUUUAAAUUUGAUAUUUGGAUGGCUCAUGGCUCUUAAUUAUAGAAAUAAUUUGAAAGUUAAAAACCAUAGACUUUUAUUUUAAGAAAUAUAUGUUAUUUGGGUUGGUAGAUCAAUCAAUAUCUAUAGCUCUGUUAGUCAGUGGCAUUGGUGGAUUGACCUAUAAGCCAAAUAAGCUACAGCUUGGGGCCUCACAGUCUGAUAGCUGUAUAUUUUAAAAGUCUUUUACCAGCUGAUUUGUAGUGGUAGGGGACCUCUAGACUUUGUUUAGCUUAUCGUCUCCACAAGUCUAAGUCUGUGUUGACACUUUUAAAAAAUUAAAAAUAGUACUGAUUAUAAAAGUAACUUAAAUGUUACUGAUACACUCACUUUAAUAAUAAACCUAUAGGGCCUACAUUAAAAUAGACAUACAUUUUUUAUAAUACUUAAAUUUGCAGAAAAUAAGAAAUCCUGUCUGUAAGUACCAUUGUCAAUUUGUACAUUUGAAUUCACAGGUUCAACGUCAAUCUGGCCUGCGGUCCUUAUGAAGGCUCUGACUUAGCUCUACAUUUUGAUGCCCGAUUUGUGUUUGGUAGUGACAGAAACCAGGUUGUCAGAACACACAAACAAAAUGGUACCUUCGGGCAUGAAGAGCGCCACCAGAAUUACUUCCCCUUCUAUGCCAAUACUAAUUUUGAAUUGAUGAUUCUCGUAGAGCCAGGAUGCUUUAAGGUAAAUUGUUUAACUAUGGUCAUUUCAAAAUGUGGGUACAUGGAGGUGUAAAUUAUCAAGAUUGUUUUCUUAUUGUGGCAAACAUUUUUUGUAACAAAUUUUAAUUUAAUUUAUAUUAUAAGGAUGAAAAUGUUUGCAUAGCUGAUCCUUUUAGUUUAAGUUUCAAUAAAGUCACAGCAUGGGACUAACUUUAUUUAUAUGUUGAGCACCCCAUAUUAAUAGAGUAGGAUUUUAAAAUUUGGCCAAAUGAUCUUGAGUCUAUACAAUAUUUUGCUUCACAUCAUAAUUAUAUAUCUAAAUUAUUGUUGAGUAAAUUUUAGUCUCAUAUUAAAAAAAAAAAUAAUAAAGUCAUAUAAGCUAUUAUUUUUCAUCCAACAAAAUUGCCAACAUCAUUGUAAAAGUGUUCCGAUAAACGAGAGGGUAAAAGUAUUUAAAAAUCAAAAUUAAGUUGAAAUGUCUCUCAUCUGGAUUAACACGAUUAUGUAAUAAAAACUUUUUCAGAUUGCUGUUAACAACCAGCACUACACAGAAUUCUCCCACCGCAUCCACCCUGUCCAAAGAGUGGAUCACCUCAUGGUCAAUGGGGAUGUCAGACUGACACAAGUCAGAUUUCAGUAAUGAACAUAUUUCUUUUGAAAUAUAUAUGAGCAUAUGGCUUUUGAAAACUUGGUAUAACAAAUAUACACAAAGUAAAUGAAAUAAAAAAUAAAAAAAAUAUUGUAAAUAAAAUGUUACAGUAGCUAGUUUUUUUUUCUUUGUACUUUUUCAGUUAUUUUAUUUUUGGGAUUUAAUUUACUGUAAUAAUAAAACUUUGCAGUAAAAAAAAAUAUGACGAUUGACACCUAAUGAUGGUAAACUAUUUUUACACUCUUAGUUAACAACUGAUUGACUUUUGGGACAUGAGCCACACAAGCUAAUCUCCGGAGUCAAAAACCUUGUUCACAGACUCCGAAAAACACUGUACAAAAAUAAAAGACCCAUACAAAAAAAUAAUCAAACUUUAAAAUAAUUAAAAUUAAUAAAUUUUUAUUAGGAGCAGUUAUUAAUUUUUGGUAAUCAAGCCAUAUUUUUCCCUUUUUAUGAUAUCUUGAUUGGUUAUGGAUCCCAAACAAAAUGAAUCUGUGUUAAUUGUACACUGUAAAAUAAAUGCUUUAUUGUGACACCACUGAGUCAUUAACACAAAUGUUAUUUGUUUUCCUUUUACUGAACUUUAUUUUGAAAAAAAUGAAAGCAAAUAUGAACUCAUGUCAACAUGGCAGGUUUUUCUUGGCAAGUAUAUAAGCAGCAGGAGCAUUUUUUUGGGACACUGUUUUACCUAUACAUUAAAUCUGUAUAGUAAAAUAUAAGUAACACUUAACAUAAUGAUAUGAGCAUGACACGACAAUGUGGAGCUUAAUGUUUUAGUUUGAUAUAUUAGUAAUUUUGGAAUUAUUAGCACCCUGUGCUGGUGCCCUUUCUGCAUUUUGAUUCACACUGCCUUGUCAGCCCAAUACUUCUAAUUUAUGAUGACACAACUGACUUUAUACAUAAUGAAUGUACAAAGAUUUUCUCUAUCAGCAUGACUGAAAAAAAUUACCCUGUCAAAUAAAAAAGUUAACAUCAAUAUACUUGUAUCCAUUAAUAUCAAUAUCAGCUUUUCAACCCAGAGUUUGAAUGUAUGAUUUGUCAGAGUUAUUUUUCAGGUUAUUUGAUUCUCAGACCUGACAUUAUAUGUGCUGUCUUUGUCCAAAACUUGGUGAAUUUUAAUGUAAUUUGAUGGGUUCAAACAUUUAAACGAAGCUUUUAUGCUUUUCUAUGACAAUAUAUCAAAGGAAAACGUAGAUCUUGUGAUUAACUUUUUAAGCCUGUAACCUAAUUUUUACCAGGGAAUCUGAGGUUUCUCUGUAUUUAACAGCAAAAUGAAUGGACUGAAGCCAGAUUUUAUGCUCAUAUGAAUUGUAGCGGUUUUAUACGGGGACUGGCAGCAGAUAAUAAAAAAAACCACUAAACUUCUAAAUCCAACAGGGCUCAGUCAUAUUGUGUGACUUUGAUUUGCAGCAUUCUCAACUUUGGCCAAAAACACUAAACCUCUAAAUCCAGCAGGGCUCAGUCAUAUUGCGUGACUUUGAUUUGCAGCAUUCUCAACUUUGGCCAAAAACACUAAACCUCUAAAUCCAGCAGAGCUCAGUCAUAUUGCGUGACUUUGAUUUGCAGCAUUCUAAACUUUGGCCAAAAACACUAAACCUCUAAAUCCAGCAGAGCUCAGUCAUAUUGUGUGACUUUGAUUUGCAGCAUUCUCAACUUUGGCCAAAGCCAGAACAAAUAAUUGUCAGGGAGAACUGUUUCACAAAACAAUAUUUUCUCUCUCUUUAUAAAAUGAAAUAUGGCAUUAAUUGUUUCAGUAAAUAUUAUACUGGUAAUUCAAAAUACUGAGGGGGUUGGGGCUCAUACUUUCAUAUUUAGCCAUUAUGAUGUUUAUUAUGUGAUAUUAUUACAAGGAUGUUUUCUGGGUUGCUAAAAUAUGUUACUGAAUUGAUAAAUUAUGUGCAUAUAUUUUAUAUGUGUUUGAUAUUUUAAAACCUAAUGGAGGACUGCAAUUGUUUAAUUGUCUUGUCAUGGUAAUUUAGAUGUUCAUUAAAUGGAUUUUUGUAUAAUCCUGAAAAAGAA